AUGGGCGAAGAGGGCUAUGCCAUGACUCCUGGAGCAACAAUACCCGGGCUGGCUGGGACGGUAUCCUCUACGACAUCGCCAUCGACCUCCCCCUCGACCUCGCCGCCAGCUUCACUUCACCCGUCUAACCCACCAUCGUCGUCACGGUCGCACCUGCAUGCGCAUCGUCAGAGCCACAACUCGUCAAAGCUGCCGGCGUUUCGGUUUGCUGAUCGAGACCUCAACAAGCAACAGUCGUUGCCGCUGCCGGCCCUGCCGCAACCUUCAGAGCAGAGCCAACUGUCGUCGGCGCCCGUUUCGCCCAAUUCGGGAGUGAUUGACCUCGACGCGCCUCCAUCAGGCAUUUACCUGUCGGACAACAUGAGUAGGGGGGCCAGUACCGGCAGCAGGAGGAGCAGCAGAAGCAGCAACAGCAGCAGCAGCAGCAGUCAUAGCGCAUCUCAGCCCCCUAAUCCGAUGCACGUUAGCGGGGUCGCCAGUGCAGGCCUGCGUAACCAUCCCCCCCGGACCACGAGCAAAAGCACGCGGUCGAGCCGCCACAGUGGUAGGGACAGCCCUGACAGCGGCGGCGGCGCCCCGGCCGGCGUCCAGGACCAUAGCCAGAGUCCACGCGAAAUCGAAAACACGACUCGGAUUGGCACAAGCAACUCGAUCCCCCGCAUGACAACACACCAUGCGCCGUCCUCGCAGCAACACCAACACCAAAAUCAACAACAGCCUGCCCAAGACACCCGCCAGACUUCUACCUCGUACCCACCACGAACGCGAUUUUCAAAACGUGAUUCAAUCCCCGAAGAUCACGAACUGUCUCCUCCGCGUACACGACCGCGCUCUCGCGCAUCGACCCUACAGACGUCCCCGCAACCGACUUUUGCGACAACGCCCGCGACCUCUUCGUCGACACGCCCCUCCUCCUUGCCUCAUUCGCCUGCCGCUGCCGCUACCAGGUCACGGGAGCACGCAUCACCUGACGUCGCAGGCGCCGCAGAGACACCUUCGGCAGGCGCAAAGACACAACACCGCCGAGCUCCCGCGUCCAACACAUCAAAUGGUCUCGACAGCACUGCAGACCAUUCGCCCUCUCUGAACACGCAUCACCGCCUCCAAUCCAUCGACACGGCGCACUCGACGCAGCUGUCUGGCUCCGGACCCGAACACACCACAAAGGAGUGGGCUCAAGGCCAGCGCGAGUUGCUCCUGCCUAAGACGCUGCAGAGCACAACAUCAACGGAGGAAAAGAGGCAGACCGUCCGUUCGCGACCUCCUCUUUCCUUCCGAGCGCCCAGCAACACGUCUGCAUCCGUUCGUGUCGCACCUAUCCGAUCAUUCCGCUCCUCCGGUUCCCGUCGCAGUUUUGGCCUGGACAUGAACUCGCCCUCAACGCAUGCCGGGGACUCCUCCGGCGACGAUUACUCGUACACUGAUUCGAAUCAGCGCGACCGGACGUUGCGAGCCCUCGAGGGCAGACCCGACGACGAAAUGAUCCAUGACACGACACCACCCGAUUCUGCACGACGAGAUCAUCUCGUGGAUGGUGACGACACAACCGGCGAUGUCUUCAUGAAAAUCGCCAGGGAAGAACCUCGCCGCCGCGCUGCCGACGAAACCUCGUCGGCAGAGGACCCGCGAACUGUCACUCGAGUCACUCGAUCGUCGCAUCGACGGCCCCUAUCUGUCGCUGUACCCUCGUCCUACCAGUCCACGUCGCCGCCACGUGUCACCCGGCGGCUUUCUGACCAACAGGAGACAUCCCGGUCAAGAUCGCGACUUACCGAUGAUCGCGACGCCACAGAGGCCGCGGUUCGCGACUUGCCGUACCGUGGUUUGUUGCGGGAGAAGGGUGCCUCAAGUCAUCCUGGUGAAGACGCUCGACAAGCAAGGCUUCUGAACACAGGGUACCGCAACUCUCCGACGACGCCCCGAUCAUUGGCGUUCCAGGAUUCCCCGGCGGACAGCUCGUCGUACAGCAGGAGGCGCACAUCGGUCACUGAUAGCAACCCGGGCCCUGCCAGCCGCAAUGCUGCUUAUAGACAAUCUCAUCUGGCAUACGGACACUCUAGGACCUUCAACUCAUCCCCCCUGGCGUCUCGCCAGGCGGAACCGCAUCGUCAUGAUACGCAUCACGAAGUGCAGCCAUUCACAAGGUGCUGGACGAGCGCCCCGCCACUGCCACCAACACGACCGUUUCGACUUCACCAAAACACAACAACGGAAACGCAACAGUCCUCGGUGACGCCACCAGCACCACGUCUUUCCCAGCGGGAGGCUCAGCCGCUGCUCUUCUCGGCCAUCAACCGGACCAAACCUCUUUUGAGCGCUGAAGUGUCCAAGGCACUCGAGACGGCUGCGACUGAGGCUGUAGCACUCGUUGUCAUGAUGGGCACAGCUGGCCAGCCGGGCCCAAUUUCAAGCGGCGCGAGCACCGUUGGCGCUGGGACAAACCUGACAGAUCGACAACUUCGACGACGCGCGGAGGGUGUGUGUCGCAGUUUGACAGAGCUUGUCUUGGCCUUGAGCGAAGAGGCAACCCAGCCUCAGAACAAAACAGUCACGAUCAAGACGAGUGGGUCACCACAAAAAGAGGGCCCAACUACUCCCACCAUCACCAAGAGCUUCCCAAGACUGGACAUCCAGCGUCGUGGAAGCGUAACGAACAAUGACGCGCCGGCAACAACCAACGAGCCUAGCCCACGUGCCAUGUCCAAGCUGGAGGAGAGAAGAAGCACAAUGCUCAACUCCACAGCGCUUCCGAGCCCGCGAUUCGCCCUCGCGCCUGCCGUCUCGUCCACACCCACGGAAGCCUCCCACGGCGUUGCUCGCAAGUCUUCCCUCUUUAUCGGUCGAACUCGGCGCGCUGCGACCGAAGAGCCUGAAGAAGGCCGCCGGUCAUCCAUGCUGCUCAGGACUCGACGGGCAGGAACAGAGGAGCCGGAGGAGGGCCGAAAGACCUCACUACUCCGCGAGCGCAGAGGCACCAACGAACACGACGACGAUGAGCCUCGCUUCAGGGCUCCGUCCCGAGCUCAAACCGAAGUAGCACAAAACCGCGCUGCCUCUCACCACUUUCAGACACAACCUCUUACACUUGACCCAUCGUCGAACAGUUCUGCCCUUCCCCGCCGACGGAUUGGAUCGUCGGCGCUCAACCCUUCUCGACUCGCGUCCCCCUCCACGCCCUCAGCAUUGGGUGGACGCCGAUACUUCGAGCGUUCGACACCUGAUCGCGAUGGCAACAGCGUCGCAGACAAGUUGGCGGAAGAACGAGGACAACGACACCUGUCCCUCGGCCAAAACUCCUUACUCAACCGCACAGCCAGCUUUUUACGGAGGCCCAACCGCGAGAGCAUGGCAAAUGCCUCUACCUCGGCACAAACAGGUGCUUACAGAUGA